AUGCAAAGAUCGCCACGAGUAAAAUUUAAACCACAUGUACCAAAGGGCCUUCCUCGUUUACACCGUUCAAGUGAUUUGGGAUAUCCUGAUUACUAUCCUCCUCGGGAAAAUCAAGAUGAGGAUCAAAUGACCGAAGAAAACGUGCGUCGUGGUUUCACAUACACUUCAUUAAUUCAAGACGAGUCCGCAACUCAACAUGACGCUAUUUAUGCAAAGUUGAAAGGAGGUUUAGCAUUGAAAAAUAUGAGUGACUCCAUGUUAGAUUUACUAAAAAAGAAGCGAUACGAGAAUGAAGAAGAUAUCGAACCAUUUACCACAUUCACAGCAAAACGCGUACGGAUGGAUGGUAAGGUGAUAGAAGCUUGGUAUGAGAAAAUUGAUACACCAGAACUGGCUGACUUGAUUAAAGAUGGUGUGCCAUCUCAUCUUCGUAACGAAGAACUACUCAUGGUUUUGUGUCAACGACGACCGACUUUCAUGAGAGCUCUUGAGUUAAUCAAGAUUAUAGGAAAACUUGAAGAACCUGAUUAUAGAAAGAACUGGACAGUGAUUUGCUCCGAAUUUUUGAAACAGAAAGUACAUAUUUUACAGUCUAAGGAAUGGCGAUACAGUGUUCAAUUAUCGAGAUUUCAAUAUGAUGAAGGAUUGACCGAUCAGCGUAUUUUAAAAUUAAUUCUUGAUCAUAUAAGAACUUUCACCGAUCAUAAUAACAUCGCAUUGUGGCUUUCUUUGGUGAUCGAAUUCUUAUCGAUAUAUACAGGAUCCAGAACUCUAAUGCGAUUACUAAUCGAUUAUUUGCUUAAAAAAUUAAAAGAGCUUCAACUACCGCCCUCGCCUACUCCGCCGACCCCUACUCAUUCGUCUUCUGCUGUUGCUCAAAGUCCAGAUGGAAACCGCAAUUCUCAUUCUGCUGCUACCACCACCAAUACUCGACUUAUAAUCACUAUGAAAAAAAUUCUAUGGGCAAGUUUUGUCACGCUUCCAGAUAUGUUUGUUAAUCCAAAACAUUGGUUCACGUAUAAAGAUUUAAUACAAAACAUAUUAUUCGAAUGUCAUUUCACUGAUGAAAAGUCGGCUGGACAUCGUGCUAUCGAAGAAGAAGAAACACUUCGAAUUUGGGAAAAAGUACGACAACGUAAUGAAUUUUUUUCUGAUUCAAAGGAUGAUUCGAUUCUUUUCAAAAAGAAUAUGUCAAAAGAACCGCGUAAUAGGUUUUUUAUUAUUCUUGAUAAAGUAAAUCGUGGUACAAAUUACGAUGAAUUAGCAGCUGAGUAUUUCCCUGGAAAAUCAAUUUACUUUCCGAUAGCAAAAAAUGAAAUAUCAUCUCGUAUUCAAGCAUUAUGCUAUUGGGCGGCGACUGAUACUAAAGUCAGCGAUCAUAGACCUUACGUAGCGUGCACAAUACUGUCGAAAUGGAAAAAUAGAAAUGAUUUGUCAAAUGAUGAGAAUGAAAAAUAUGAGCGACAAGAUCUACUUCAGGAUUCAUUGCUCACAUUUUUGGAUGAAUAUGAUUGUGGAAGUACAAUUCAAGGACACGAAUUUGUCGCACAUCUUUUUAGUGAAUUAAUUAGAUGCAAUCAUUUCUCACCAAACAAAUACAUUCAACGGUUAAUAUCAAGAGGUGAUCUUGUUGACAGAAAUAAUGAAAGAACAUUGCGACACCUUAAAUACAUUCAGUGCUUUCCGUUAUAUUCAUCGUCAAUAUAUCUGUAUAAUCAACGUAAAUGGAUUCUAUAUGGAAUUGGUUGUCAUGACAAAGAUGAAGAGAUGACAUUUAAGAAAAUACGCGAGAAAAUAAUGGCAAAAUUGCCUCAGAUGUUUGGCGAAGGAGCCGAUAAACUUGAUGCACCUGUAGACGAUGAUGCAAUCGAAGAUUUUGAUUUUUCUCUUCCACUUGAUCAAGAGACAUGCGAUAUUAUCAAAAACACUACGAGAUUCAAUCAAAUGCUCAUAACUCAGAACUGGCUAGUACCAAAAGUAAAAGAAUUUAUUCAGAAAGCGCCAAUAACUGAUCAUAAUUGGCGAACUAAUACGCAACCCGGCGCUACUUUAUUAAAUGCGAGACAAUUUGCUACCAUUGUUCAAGUUUUGGAACAUGCACGAGACUUCACUUCAUUGAUCGACCUGUCAUUAUGGGUAUUGGAAAAUACAUUUGAACGUAGUUUAUUCCCUGUGAUUAUAGACACAUUUGCACGGCAUGAAACGGUUUGGGCUGCUAUGGAUAGAGCCACGGAAGUGUUUAAUGCAUUACAAUCAAAAAAUAAAUAUUUACAAGAAAAAAAAUCAGUUGAGCGAAUUAUGGUAGAAUAUAUGUAUCAACUUAGUGGAAUAAUACCAAAAAAGGAGCCAGCGGAAAAUAAAGACCGACAACAGGCCAAGGAAUUCUUCAAUAAACUAUUUAUCGACAAGGGUCAAUUAAUCGAGGAUCUCGGAGAACGGUCAUUGCAAUUUACAUUGUCCAAAUAUUGGAAUAAACUUAGCAGUGAUUUUGCUACUCAGGCUCAAAGCUCACUCAAAUUUCACGGGGUGAACGAUUAUCCCUAUGCUAUGCUUAAUUUUUUUAUUGUAACUAUUCGCGACUUUGUUGCUGAAGAUGGCAUUGAUUUUCGAGAGAUUCGAAGAGUAAUAUCAAUUUUCGGUGAUAUGCUUCGAGUUAUUUGUGAUCAAACCAAAGAUGGGUGUUUAGAUGCGGUCUUUAAAUCCUGCAUAGGACAACAUGUUUCAGUGGAAGACGGUAUCUUCAAGCAAUCGAACGCUAUUUGGUUUUUAUUUUUUUUAGAGGCAUUAGUUGUAAGACGAUUAUUAUCAAUCGAUACUCUAAUAACAGGGAUAAUUGAUAAUUUUGAACGGCUUGCCAAAAAAGCAUUGACCGGCGAAGCGCUCAAUGCUACGGAGAUAGAAGAAACCAAAAAUUUAACAUUACUUAUAAGUAUAAUAUUUGCCCAAGAGGGUGGUGAUUUGCGUGAAUAUUUUGGAUUAUGUACGAUAGAUAUUCAAAUGCUACAAACCCAUUGCGUUUCUCUUUCCUCCCAAAUCUUAUACCCACUUUCGAUUAUAAUUUUCAAUUUGAUGACGAUUGAGUCCAAACUUCCGUCUAAUGAUCUUCUAGCGGAACAAAUACAAAAACUCUGCAAAAAUCUGGCUAAUACUUUUUGGUUUCGUCGAAUUUGUGCAAAUUAUCCUAAAAUAACUUAUCAACAUUUUGUGGUUCGAGCUCGGGACAGUUCUGUCAAAAAUGCCGAAAUGAAAAUGAUUGAAAUAAUGCAGAUGACAUUCGGGGACGGAAAUGCAAUCUAUCAUCACUUGGCUACGCAAUCGCCUUCUGCUUAUCUCGAAUACUUUAAAUAUAUCUUGUCGCAAAUCAAUUUUUGGAAUAUUCAUGUGGUCGCGAUUCAAUUUCGCUUAUGUAUGGAUAGUUUAAUGCUUUCGAAAAAUUCGCCUACUCUGUCAUCUGAAGAAAAAACGACGACGACCGAUGCAGAAGGAGAUAUAGUGAUGAGCGAUGCGAGUAGAUCUGAUGCAGAUUUGAACGAGUCAAGCGUAGAAAUAACAAUAGUCAAAUACCUAUGGGAAGAAGUUGUGUUGCAGCAAAAAUUCGAUGCUUGCAUCAUUAAAGAAUUAGUCGAUGGUGUUCGUAAAGAUUUCGCGCAUAUGAUGCUAGAUUAUGGCAUGCUUGUGCUAAAAAGACAUAAACCACUAAUACCUGGUAUAGAACAUAUUUUUCGUGCUUUGUUGAGAACAGUAAACGACGAAGAAAAAAGUAUUGUGCUAAGCGAAGAAUUACUUGCCCAGGUCGAUAUCUUGUCUGAGGAAAGUUCGGAAGGAGAUUUUCAAUCUGCAGUAAUAUCCCGCAUUCACAUCCUAAUACCUUUAACUAAUGCAAUACUUUCACGAGUAUCUGGACUCAAACAAGAAAAAAUAAAAAAACAUGAUAUGUUUGAAAAAAUUCGAGAAUGUCGAUUGAUUGAGCAUUGGGUGUUCACGUUAAUUGGUAUACUCAUCAGCGAUCGACUUCAUGAAUUGGAUUGUGAUCCAGCAAAUUUCGACAUAUUACUGGAUCUAGUGUCGUUUUUGCUGGAUGAAAUGGGCACACCGGCAAGAGUAAUUCUUGCAGCUGAAUUGAAAAAAAAGACAUAUGUUUUGCCUUCCAUGUGGGAAGAACGUAUCCGACGAAUAUUACCACUUCGGGCUACUAGACAACAUAUUGGGGCUGAUGGAAUGCCAGUGGAUGCAUGGAAAGUGACAGAGUAUAUUGGCAAAGACAAAGUCUUAGCAACGAAUGAUGCUCAUGAUUUGUGUCCAAGUGAAAAAAUAUAUUUUCGUCCAAAGUCAAGGAAAGAUCAAGUGACAAUAACAAAUUAG